UAAGCAGCAGAUCGCACGUAGAAAAGCCAAGAUGAGGUCGUCCUAUCGUACGGUGGGGUGGUGGUACGUCAUAGCAGUUGUUGCCUCGCUGAUUGUCCCCUAUGUCGCGGCAGAUGAGCAUAAUCAUAUGUACGAAGACCAUGAGGAAGUUGUGCUAUGGAUGAAUACUGUCGGUCCGUAUCACAAUCGGCAGGAGACGUACGCUUAUUUCUCGCUCCCAUUCUGUGUCGGUGCCAAACAAUCGAUCAAUCACUACCAUGAGACCAUGAGCGAGGCACUCCAGGGAGUUGAGCUGGAAUUCAGCGGAUAUGACAUCGAUUUUAAAGAUGACAUAAGCCCAACGGAGAUCUGUAUGGUGGAUUUAUCGGAGGAAAAGCACAAAGCGUUCGUAUACGCCGUGAAGAACCAGUACUGGUAUCAAAUGUACAUCGACGACUUGCCAAUUUGGGGUGUGGUAGGAAAGGAGGAAGAAAAGAAGUACUACAUCUAUACCCACAAAAAGUUUGAUAUCAGCUACAAUGGCAAACAGAUUGUGGACGUUACGCUCACACCGGAGCGUAAGGAGCUGCUUCGAGUAGGGGCAAAGAUCAAGUUCACGUAUGAAGUGAACUGGAAACCAAGCUCGGUCAAGUUUGAAGAUCGCUUCGACAAGUAUCUGGAUCCGAACUUUUUCCAGCAUCGCAUCCAUUGGUUUAGCAUCUUCAACAGCUUCAUGAUGGUGAUAUUCCUUGUAGGGCUGGUGUCCAUGAUUCUGAUGCGCACGCUACGUAAAGAUUACGCUCGUUAUAGCAAGGAUGAGGAAGCUGACGAUAUGGAACGCGAUCUUGGUGACGAGUACGGAUGGAAACAGAUACAUGGGGACGUAUUCCGACCAGCAUCGAAUGUGAUGCUAUUUUCUGCCUUAAUCGGUGCCGGCUAUCAACUAACAUCCGUAGUGCUGUGUGUGAUUACAUUUGCAAUCUUGGGAGAACUUUACACGGAGCGCGGAUCUAUGUUGUCGACGACAAUAUUUGUUUAUGCAGCAACUUCACCCAUUAAUGGAUACUUUGGAGGAUCUCUGUAUGCGCGAAUGGGAGGCAAGCAAUGGAUAAAGCAAAUGCUCAUGUCAGCAUUUAUUGUGCCAGCGCUCGUCUGUGGAACCGCAUUCUUUAUUAACUUUAUCGCAAUCUACUACCACGCCUCGCGAGCAAUUCCCUUCGGAACAAUGGUUGCUGUAACGUGUAUCUGCAUAUUCGUUAUUCUGCCACUAACACUCAUUGGAACAAUUGUUGGCCGGAACCUGGACGGUCAACCAGACUACCCAUGCCGGGUGAAUGCUGUUCCGCGUCCUAUACCCGAAAAGAAAUGGUUUAUGGAACCGGCUGUGAUUAUUCUUCUGGGAGGAGUGUUACCAUUCGGGUCGAUAUUUAUCGAAAUGUACUUCAUCUUCACUUCUUUUUGGGCGUAUAAAAUCUACUACGUGUACGGUUUCAUGCUGCUGGUGUUCCUGAUCCUCAUUAUCGUGACCGUAUGUGUGACGAUUGUCUGCACCUACUUCCUGCUAAAUGCGGAAGAUUAUCGAUGGCAGUGGACCAGCUUCAUGUCAGCGGCGUCCACGUCCAUAUAUGUGUAUAUGUAUUCAUUCUACUACUUUUUCUUCAAAACAAAGAUGUACGGUCUGUUCCAAACAGCGUUCUAUUUCGGCUAUAUGGCCCUGUUUUCCGGUGCGCUCGGUAUCAUCUGCGGGACAGUAGGGUACUUCGGUACAAAUCUGUUUGUGCGAAAGAUAUAUUCCAACGUAAAGAUUGACUAAGCAACUCCUUUCCACUAUUCUACAUCGGUGCAUUAACACACACGCACACAC